AUAGGGGGAGGCAGAGAAAUAAGGGGCAUAGGUAGGCACAAAGCCAACCUUAUACAAAGAAUUACUUUCUUCAAAAGAGGACCUAGAGAUUUUUUUUUUUUUUUACUUAGAGAAUGAGAGCUAAACACCCAUUAUCAUUCCACCAAAGAGAGUCACCUUGAAAUGAGAGUAGAGAGGGCAUCUCCUUGGUACCCAGAGAUUGAACACAAUCCCAUUUCUUCCCACAGGACACCAAGAUGCCACCCAAAAUCAAGGGAAUGAGAUCAAAAGCUGGGGGACAGAAAAAGAAAAAGAAGAGUCAAGCUCUUCGGCGGGAUGAGACUCGCCAGGCCAUAGCUUGCAGAGAACGACUACAACAGAGGCUGCAGGAGUUGGAGGCUGAGGUGGAGAAGGCUCAGAAUGAUGGAAAGGCUGUGUAUGCAGAGAUGAGUCGUCAGUACCAAGCCCUGAAGAAGGAGACUGAGACACAGAGCCAUCGAUGGGAAGAAGAAGUAAAGGUCCUUCGGAAAGAGUUAGAGACGUGCCAGAGAGAGGCCAAAGUUGCUCAAGGAGAAGCUAAGCAGGCAUUAGCAGAGCGAGACAAGACCCUUGCCCAGCUUCAGACCUAUGUGACAGACAUGGAGGCUAAGUAUGAAGAAAUUCUACAUUGCAGCCUAGACAGGCUGUUGGCCAAGCUGACUACAGCCAAGGUGGAGUGGGACGCAGCUGCUCUGAGGCUCCAUGACAAACACAAGGAACAGCUUCGACAAUUUGGCCUCAACCCCCUGGAUCUCUGAAGAUGGACUAUAGGGUCUUGUAGACUCCCAACAAUAAAAGUUUUAUGCUGUAGCACUAAACACCAGGGGGCCUUUCUUCUUCUGAAGCAAGAAUCCAGAGCCCUUGAAUUCCUUCUCUAGAUGCAGCUAGCAUGGGAGGAAGAUUGGGGUAUAGCAGGGAGAUGAGUUCCACUAGUCGGGAGAAAGCAUAUUGGGUUGGAGGCAAAAAUAUCUAAUGCUUUGCUGAGUUGAGGGGAAAGAAAUGUUGCCAAACUCAACCCAUCUGCAGAGAUAAUACCCCAAACUGUAUCACCACAGCUCAUGGAACCUUGAUCUUCAUCCCCAAGGCUCAUGGAAUCCUCGACCUCAUGUCAAAGAUAGCUAAGUGAUGCAAUGUAUAAAGCAACAGGCCUGGAGUCAAAAAGAUCUGAAUUUAAAUCCAGCCUCAGGCACUUACUAGCUGUGUAACCAUGGGCAAAUCACUUAACCUCUAUUUGCCUCAGUUUCCUCAACUAUAAUAUGGGGAUAAUAUCAGCACUUAUGUCUAAGGGUUGUUAUGAGAGUCAAAUGACAUAAUAUUUUUAAAGUGCUUAGUGCACAGUAAGCACUAUAUAAAUCCUUUUUCCUUUCUUCUUCCUUUCUCAUUCCUUUUCUACUUUAAUACAAACAUAGAUGGGAGACUUGCGGGAAAGAGUAAUUUCAAUAAGAUCUAAGUCAAUAGUGAUCUGUUGCUCCCAAAUCCCAGUGGUGUCCCUUGCUCUCCGCAUAGGUCAUGAGGGAA